AUGAAUGGUACUAUUUCCGCCAAGGCCCAAAAAAGGAGAGGCAACGGCAGCCCAUGUAGUCCGGUGGUAGCCAAGAGUUCGCCAUCCACGCAGAGCUCCACCACAAGUGGUGGUGCUCCGGUCAAGUCGAACGUGGGUGGAUGGUGUAAAGGCCUAGGUGACUGUUUAAUUUUGGGGCCUAAAGUCUCACGCAACAUUAAACUUGCACAAGCACCACCAUAUUAUCACCUUCAGAAGGUGGAAGAAAUAGAGAAGGAAUUAGAGCAGGAGAAAGAAAUGAAGAGCAUGUACAAAAUGAGACUGGAAAGGACACAAAAUUAUUUGAGGUAUUGUCUACAGGUGGCACAAGAUAAUGGGUUUCUGGACUUAAUCAUCAACAACAAAGAAAAACAACAAGAAUCCACUAGUCCUCCCUCAGCUAUCAUUCAUGCCACUGCCAGUCCCCAAACACCACCCCAACAGCAACCCCACUCUGAUAUCACUUAUCUCAUUCACCAAGCCAAGUUGAAUGGUUGGUACAUUGAACCCCAUGAGAUUGAAGUGCAAGAAGAAGUGGCACAAGGAAGCACAGCACGUAUAUACAGAGGAAGAUGGAGAGGAUAUGAAGUUGCAGUAAAAUGUAUAUUCCCUGAGUUCUUCUUCUGCAAUGACAACGGUAUCAGCUUCUUUGCCCAAGAGGUCGAGACACUAUCCAGGCAACGACACCGUUUCGUGCUUCAGCUAAUGGGAGCAUGUCUUGAUCCACCACACCACGGUUGGAUAGUGACAGAGUUAUUAGCCAUGACACUUAAAGAUUGGCUGCAUGGUCCUGGAAAAAGAAGAAAACAAAGAGUUGUUCCCCUUCCACCUUUUAAAGAGAGACUUGGAAAAGCAAUGGAAAUUGCUCAAGGCAUGCAAUAUCUUCAUGAGCAUAAACCAAUGGUGAUUCAUCGUGAUCUUAAACCGAGUAACAUUUUCUUGGAUGAUUCCUUGCAUGUUAGGAUUGCAGAUUUUGGACAUGCUAGGUUCUUGAAUGAUGAAGACAAGGCUUUAACAGGAGAAACAGGAACAUAUGUAUACAUGGCACCGGAAGUGAUUCGGUCAGAACCUUAUGAUGAAAAGUCGGAUGUCUAUAGUUUUGGCAUAAUUCUCAAUGAGCUUGUCACUGGAGCAUAUCCUUACAUUGGAACUGAUUUUGGUCCUUCUAGGAUAGCAUUGGAAGUUGCAGAAAAGGGAUUAAGGCCAGAACUUCCAGAACAGGAUGAGCAACUUGAAGAGCUGAUACAACUCAUACGACUCUCGUGGGAUGAAGAUGUUGCAGUUAGACCUUCUUUUGGAGUUAUAACAUCUAAUUUAAAAAAGAUCCAGGAAAAAAUACUGCUAGAUAAUUGUAGCAUUUAA